AUGGUAAUCGGUAUUACAGUCCCACGUAAGUAAUUCUUAGUCGAAAAUGCAUUCCAUCAUUUUGGUUUACAUUUCAUGAGAUUCGUUAGUGGCUAUAGUUUGGAAGCCCCAAGCGCAGAGGCAACUGCGGGUCGAGUUCAGAUUUAUUCGAAAGUAUAAGUGUGUAGAAUUCGGUGUCACAGAGAUGGGAGAAUAUUUAAAAUGGACGUCUUUAGAAACGUCCCUACUCGCUUUCUGAUGUUUUUACCCGCCAUUAGCUUUAUGUCCGCGAUCCCCUGUUCACUUAAUCUCGCAGGACGAAUAUCCUCAGUCAGAACUCCAUUGCAAAAGCCUAUUUCCGCGGGUUUUAAUGAUCAGCGCUAAAUACCUGCGGGAACGUCAUUUCUCUUUCAAGAACCAAAGAUUUUCCCUGAAAUAAAAUAUGAUACACCCUCAAACUUUCGAAAAUUGCUGAUCUGUUCUCAUAGCUGACUUGCUGCUGCUGCUGCUGCUGCUACUACCACUGCUGUUGCUGCUGCUGCCGCCGCCGUUACUGCUGCCACCACUACUAGUACUGUUCACUACUGCUAGUCACAUAACGUAUAAUCACCUUGUAUUCCUCUUUCAUGCUCUUAUGACCAGACCUCUAAGCCUGAUUUGCGCGUACUCACCGACAGCCUGUGUAUCACACCAUUAAGACGUGCUGGUUGCAUGAAUGUAGAUUUGUUCAUCGGAGAAAGCUUUUGAUGCGUGGUAGCGGUUAAAGACCAGCUCAAACGCUGCGCAGCCACACUAGCGUAAAUGUUAAGUUACCAUAGCUCCCAUUUUGGUCGCACGACAUCGCGCGGUCCGCUUUUAGGGAAACACACAAUACUUCGCACUUCAAUAACGAAGUUAUGGGAUCCAACAGAAUAUCUUUCACUGCAGCCUACAGCCGAACUUUCCCCAGGACUAAUUUGUCAUCCACCGUGUCCGUAGCUACACCGGUAAACUACUUACGGGCAACUCUGUGGCAUCAUAUCGGCAUAAUCAUCCAUUGGAAUAGUGACUUCUGCUUCGUUCAGGCUAGUCCAGCUGCCUGAUUCUGAGGAGGACAAUACGGUAACAAAUUUGCCGUCUCAAAAACCUGUAGAACUCGUUAAGUAUUAGGCAAAAUUGCAACAGAAAAGAAGCCAUGGGUAUUGAAAAUGUCACUGUAUUUGCACGGUAUAGCUACAUACAUGCGCGAAGUGCUCUCGAAAGUUUAUUAGUUGAAGAUAGCAUCGCAUUUUCACUCUACUUUGGGGGAUUCCUUGUUUCGUCUUCGAGAAAAGUUUUGUUUAAAAAUUUUUUGUCCAUAAAGGUAAUGGCAAAAAAACGCACUGCCUCUCAGAGGCCGACAAAGUCCUCCCAGUACCUUUCCUGGGCCGUUUACGUUGCCUUGGCGGCUUAUCGGAUUACCUCGGUGGCGAAUCUUCACCCUGGGUAUCUCCACCCCGAUGAAUUUUUUCAGUCAGUCGAAAUUGGCGCCAGCAUUUCAUACCCAAGGGUCUGCACCGUCAAGACUUGGGAAUUUGACACCAACGGACCUGGUCCAGUGCGAUCUUAUGCUUCCUUAUGGCCGUUCUUCAAGAUUCCAAUUGAGUUAACGAGAACUCUUUGGCCAUCUCCAUUGAAUGAUACAUAUACUAGCAGAGAGUUGGUUAUGAGAAUUCUUUUUCCGAUGAGGAUUUUCACUCUCUUGCUUUCCUUUAUUUUCGAUGCAUAUAUACUCUGGCUUUCAAGGAAGAUUUCGACGUUAAGCCUCCGUCAUCAGGGCCCACCUCUGGCUCUCCUACUCUUUUCUUCAAUGGCUUACGGUGGCCUUGUAUGGACUAGUCGAACCUUAAGCAACGUCUGGGAAGGGAUUCUUGUGUGCAUUUUUUGUUUUUUGUCUCAGCAGGUCGGGAUCCUUGCUCUGCUUCUAGAGGCUUUUGUUUUUGUCUGGGCAUCUUUUCUUCGUCCAUCGUUUGUGGUGUUUGUUUUACCAUUUGCAAUAUUACAACUGUACAACUUCAUCAAAAACCCAAACCGUUUGCGCAUUUUUCUCAUUCACAUUCCUCUGAGUGCUGCAGCUGCCCUUUCUGUGGGUCUGAUGCUGGUCUAUUUCGAUACCCAACACUUCACUCCCCACGCGCAUAUUUCUGAACCUGGAGCCUGGGUAGUGACCCCUUUACGUUUUUUGCGCUACAAUUCGGCGAAAGAGAAGCUCGCAGAGCAUGGUCUUCAUCCUUGGUACGCCUACAUCUUCAUUCACUGGCCCCUCAUGGUUACUCCAGCUGUCUUAGUGGCUGCACUUUUGCCCCUGUUCCCUCAAAAAACUCCUGCGUUGAAAUAUGCUUGUUGGACUUCGUUGGUACUUGCCACGACCGUCUUGUCUAUUGUUCCGCACAAAGAAAGCCGUUUUUUACUCCCGUUGCUUCCCGUAACUGUUGUUUUGGGUGCACAGAACCUAGAGAGCUUCUUCGCUGGUGGAAAACACAGUCGCUGGCUCAUUUUGUUUGUGAUCAUAUGGUGCACCGCCCAGGCGUCACUUACGAUAUUUUGGGACUUCCUCCACCAGGCCGGCUUAAUACCACUUCUUAGUUCCUUGGAAUCGGCCGAGGCGGCUACCAGUAAACCCGUGGAUGUCACCAUCUUCUACAAAACUUAUAUGCCUCCCAGGUUUCCUUUUGGAGUUCCAAGUAACAGGAGUUUGGAUUUUCACAGUUGUCUAAAUUUUCCCCCGCACGAGCUCAUCUGCCCUGGCAUCAUCGACCUUGCUGGUCGGCCGGCUUCGGACCUGUUUAGUCUACUUGAGUGUAUCAAAAGCCGCGCACAUGAUGAAGUGAUACUGCGUUUGGUGAGUCCUCUUCUGUCUUUGAAUGAUUCAGCUCUUCACUUGUUUUUUUUGAGAUUUAUGUCAUGCUAGAGUCUGUGUAGGCUGGACCCAAUGAGGCAGUUGUAUAACCUCGCUGCACCUUAAGUUUAGCAAGGGUUUUAGCGACAAAGUGAAGAGUUUGAGGAAACCGUGGUGUUUGGUGUAGACCGCACCAGUGAAUCCACUGACGCCCCACUUGUCUCGAAGUCUGCGCAGUUUUAAUACGUAUGAGGCGGCCACCAGACUGUUUCCAUCUCUAAGGCCAUUCGCCAAAUGCCGACCCACAUGGCAGGGAGUAUUCGCGCGCAGGGCACCGUGGACCGCCUGCUGUCUGCCUCACCGGUCUUCCCCCACUUGCUUCCUCCAGUUAAAUGGUGCAAACACCCUGACUAUUACUUCAUAAACCGACUUGCCCACUCCUCCACCACUAGAAGAACUUGAAAUCAACUUCCCCCCAGCCCUAGGAUGUAAGCCUCACGCCUCUGACUCAUUUCGUCUGGCCACGGAUCCCCUUCAGUAUUCUUUUAAAAUUCAAGAACAACGGACUGGGGCUUUGUAAACUACCUUUAUUAUUCACAAUGUCAACCUUUCGAGCCGCGUAUCUACUAGGUGCAUGUUGACGUCCACCUGAAGUCAACAACAGCUCACUGAAGGAAAUUACGGAGGGCAAACGCUAUUACACUCAUCCAAUUCCCGGCUUAAUAAUUGAUUUAUAUUUCGCGACUUCCUCCGUCUUGGUAUAUGGUAGUAGAAAGGAAUCCCCGCCACAAGCGAACAUUUUCACACUGUGGUCUCGCCGAAAUAAGUUCGAAUAACCAUUCUUUGAUGUAUAUUUGCACUUACAGGUUAUGCCUGGGACCAUAGCUCUUAGGAACGUUCAGUGGUAUGACUUGGGAGACCUCUUGCUCACUGAGAAAUUCUUCCCUCAUAUUUCAACGGAGAAUCUGCCAAAAAUCACUCUUCCUCGCUGCUUUUCAGACAACACUUUUGCGGACUGUCUUUCCACGUAUUGGACCGAACUUGUGUCGCAAGCUUCAUUAUACAGCUAUAUUAUAAGGCUGAAAAACCGUUCUUGA